UUAGAAAACGACGACAAUGAACAGAAAAAAAAAAAAGAAAAAAAAAGAAGAGAAAACGAUGACGAGACAGAUGUGAGAAGCAGGAGAAAGUAACCGAGAGCCAGCCAGAUGCAGAGGUGGCGGUGGUAUUGAGAUUCUGAGAGGACGAAGAAGGGGUGUUGUUGGUACGGAUAUAGCAAGGAGACCAUCAGAGAUGGGAGAGGUGGUUGAAACCCUAGAGGGCCAUAGAAGGUCGGUGGCAGCUCCUCUCGUCUUCAUACUCGUCGUCGUUUUCCAAUUUGUCUCCAGGUGGCUGCAACAGUUGAAGAAGAGGGGAGUGAAGACUGCUACGGCAAACCGGUUGCGUGGAGAAAUUAAGGAGCUUUUGAAGGAGGCAAGCUCAUUGUCACAGCCUUCAACAUUUGCACAAGCUGCAAAGCUAAGGAGGAUGGCAGCUGCUAAGGAGAAAGAACUUGCAAAUUAUCAAGAAUUGCAUGGCAAGGAGAGAAAACUUUCAUAUGAGUUGUAUCUGCAAGUUUUGUUCAUCUCGAAGGUCUUAACGUAUCUUGUGCUGAUUUGGUGGUUUUGGAGGGUUCCUGUUGCCUCCAUAUCACAACAACUUGUGCAACCCUUUGGGAAAGUGCUAUCAUGGAGGGCUGGAGGAAUUUUAAAUGAAAAUGUUAUGGUAGGAAUUAUACCUUGGUUGAUAUUAUCUACUAGGGUUAGCAAAUUUGUUUGUCGACUGUUCAAGUUCAAAGAAUUGAAGUGAUCGUCCUGUGAAGUGGUUACUAUGAGAAAAGUAAUUAGGACUGCUUUGCUUUACUUCGUAACAAUAUCUAAACAGAGCUUAGAAAUUUGGAAACUACGGACCCUCUGCCAUCCAUUGCGGCAGAGCCGUUUCAUGAGCCGGGGGGGCUAAGUGCAGUUCUUUGUUAGUCAAAGAAUUUGUAUUGAUUUGCUGUACUUUUUUGGUCUAUGUAAAUUUAGUUUAGUAUUUGUGAACUCUGUAGUAUGUAGAAAACGGAAAACUUAUUCUUUAAUUUUAUUUACUGAAAGAAAGAUCUAGUCAGAUGCUGUGAUGUAUUCUGUGUUUGCCACUCAGUACUCAGCUUUCUUUGAGGGA